AACUGAUGGAUUCAGAUGAAGAAAAGCAGGUUGAUCUUCCACCUAUUCGAGUUAGAAGUUCAGAAUUGAAUCAAAAGUUUAUGAAAGACAUUUUAUUAAGUAAGACAACCAUUUACCAUAUCCUUUAGAAUUAGAUGAGUUAUUCAAAAAAUAUACUUUAGACAAAGAUGUGUGUGUGGAAUUGAUAAAACAUGUGAAAACUAAUCAAGAAUACAAGAAAAGUAUAAGCUGUAGGUUAUUUAAUAGAGGGCGAAGGUGAAUGGCAAUGCAUUAUUGGAUCUAACUUUGGAUGUUCCUUAAGUUAUGAUUUAGAACUUUUAACAUUUUUUGAUUUUUUAUCAAAUGGAAAAUCAAUACUCCUUUUCAAAUCAGGAUGAAAAAAA